AACGAACGUGUUUCUUGAAGAAAAACCUAAACCGACACAGGGGUUCGUUCGGAGCUGAGAAAUUUAAAGUGUUCACAGGGAGGCUGGAGAAGUUUAGUAUGAACCUCAGCUAGAGACUUCGAACGUGACGAAUUCCAGCAAAUAAGUGCAAACAUGAUGCUGGAAGUGUUGCUCUAUCUUGGCCGAGUGAUACUCAAACUCUUGUUGAUCCCAUGGAUGCUUUGGCUUUACAAGGAACUGACCAUGGGGAUUUGCUACUUAACCAAGAAAUUGGACGGAAAAAUUGUGAUCAUCACUGGUGGAACCAAAGGUAUCGGCUUCCAAACAGCACUAGGUUUGGCUCAACGAGGAGCCGAGGUUGUGGUGGCCUCACAUAAUGCCAAAGAGACGGAAGCGGCUGUCGCCGACCUUAAAGAGAUAUCUGGCAAUCCGAGGAUCCAUGCUCGAAACCUCGAUCUAGCGUCCCAAGUCAGUGUCAGAAAGUUUGCCAGAACCAUCUUGGAGGAGUUUGAAGCGAUCCAUUGCUUGAUCAAUAAUGCCGGGAUUGGUGGAGAUCUCCUACACAAGUACCUUCCUAAUCCGGAUCAUGGGAAUCCGCAUAAGUUCACGGAUGAUGGUUACGAGAGAAUCAUGGCCACAAACUUUUACGGACCCUUGACCUUAACGGAAUUGCUCUUUGAGCGGGUAAAAGCCUCGGGUAAACCUGGCGACCCAUCCCGGAUCAUUCAUAUUUCUAGUCUGGAAAACUACUACGCCAAGAUUAAUUUGUUUAACUUGGAUCUGAAUUCGAGAAAGACCCCAUUUGAUGCCAGAGCACAAUACUCGAAUAGCAAAUUGCUCCAAUUGUACUAUAACCAAUUUCUGGCCCGGAAAUUGAAGGAAUCGAAUUGUCAGAGUGUGGCCUUACAUCCGGGCUUGGUCAGGACGAAUUUCACCAAAGAGUUCUCCGUCUUGGGCCAAUGGAUUACGUACAUCAAGUUUCUUAUCGUGGGUAAAAGUGCUCAACAAGGCGCUCAAACGUCCAUUUUUGCCGCGCUCUCCGACGAGGAUCUGAACGGUCGAUAUCUCUCGGAUUGUCGGGAUGCAUGGAUUGUCAAUCCAACCGUUGGGAGGGAGGAACGGGAGACGAAAAUCAUCAAAGAAACCAAGCAUCUUUUGGGCGUGCCCUAACAGUCAAGACAAACACUCACUCUUCAGACAAUCAUCCCCAUAUACAGAUCAGAUUUGCUCGCUUUUUUUGAUUCUUGAUUUUUUAACAUUAGAGCCUUGGAAAUUUCCAA